AUGGCCACUAAAUCAUACAGCAAACAUAAAGAAUACAAGGAGUAUUCCAGUAGCAGAGGCGUCGUUCCCUACACAGACGAACAAUUCGAUAUGAUAAAAUCUGACCUAAUACCGAAAGGCAGCAAGCUAGACUCAUUGGGAAGAAGCGGGGGCACCCGGGAGUAUCACUAUGAGUACAAAGAGGAGAAGCUCCCUUCAGGAAAAUAUGACAGAAAGGACUUGCACACUGUUGAGGAAUUCACAAUCCCUCCAAAGAGUGUACCAAAAGCGGCUGAAUCCAGCUCGUAUUACUACGAACGCGAGGAGAGGGAGCUGCCCGCGAUCUCAACCGGCACAAGGACUUACAACUAUGAAAGCUCGCCUACACCUGCAUAUUCUAAAGUAAAAAGCUCGAAAGUAACGAAGGAAAUGACUCAAAAUGUAGAUGAACUCGACUCUCUUCUCGACGACCUACAGAAGGACCAAGAACGACAACUGUACAAGAGUGGCUACGCUUCUGAUACAGCUGAAAGCACAUCCUUUGACUAUAGGAGAGGUACCCCAGCGAAGGCGCCAUCCAGCGGGUACUCCACCCUGAAGCACGAGGAGAGGCUGGAGCGCUCGUCGUGGGACGCGCCCGCCGCGCCGCCCGCGCCGGCCGCCGCGCGCGCCGAGCUGCGCCAGGAGGUGUACCGGGAAGAGAAGACUGAGUCGCGCGUGGUCCCCGCUGCGGUCCCGGCGCCGGCCGCACCCGCCUGCACGCACUGCCUCCACGCGCCCUCUACUGGCACUCUGCCCCGCGCCGGCACGCCCAUGAACAAGGUGACGACCACGGUGAAGACCUACACCUACGAGGUGCCCGCCGGCCUCGACCCUGCCGCGCUGCCGCUGCCCUGCGAUCACGUCGUUGACACGAGCACCACUACCACGUGCCAGCACUGCGCGCACUGCGCCUCGCACCGCGACUACCGCCUCAACUACACUACCGACGAGCACACAACAAGCGAGCGCAUCGUGUACCCACAACCCGCCAACACUACGCACGUGCUCCAAGGCCCCCACACUCCCCACGCCCCCCACGCGCCGCACACUCCCCACGCUCCCCUCACCCCCCACGCUGCCCACGCUCCCCACGCUCCUCACGAGCCGCAGAAUGGACAUGGCCCAUACGGUCCAUCAUCAACAUACAAGUAUAGCGAGACGACAUACUCCGCGCAGAACACGCACAACGCGCACAACACGCACCUGUACCCCGCGCCCGCGCCCUCCCCGCUGGCGCUGUCGCCCGCCAACGCGCCCGCGCCCUUCCCGCGCCCGCACACGCCCGCCGGCGGCACGCAGCAGCCGCCCAAGAGGCUGGACGACUUGCUAGCCGAUUUUCCUGAAGCGCGGUUCCCAACACAACCUGAUGGUGUGACCCGGCGGAAGGUCGAGGUCAUUCACUCGCAGAGCGCGCACGACAAGGAGAAGGACAGGACAGACGGCACGUUGAAGCACACACCGCCUGUCAGCAGCAGCAAGAACGUCGCCGGACCCGCGGUGUACUAUCCCCCGGGACACGUGCCAUUUGCGAAGAAGGAUAAUCCUGUUGGAGGUGGUGGAUAUCAAUCUGCGGCGAUGGUACAGGGCGGCGGCGCGUACGCGUCCGGGCGCGGCAUGUAUGAGUACGAGUCGGGCGCGCGCAGCCGGGAGAAACACACCGAGAAGAAAACCGCCGUUCCCAUAUGCUUGCCACUCUGCUGUGCUAUGCCUUGUGUUAUCAUG